AUGAGCUGGAACCUCCGCUCCAGGAACGCACGCACGAACCCCGGCUUCCUCGACACGGCAGCGAGCUCGGCGUCCGUCAGCCUCGCCGCCAACCCGGGCAGCACGCUCGUGUACGAGUGGCGGAUGCGCCACGAGCGCCGCCGCCGCCGGAGCCCUGCAGGAACGACUCGUGCCAGAGGCGAUUCAAACUAUGGUGUUACACUUGCCCUCGAGCAAAUCCCACUGCCCCACGGUGUCACCGGCGCCGAGAGCCUCGCCUUCGACCGCAGGGGUCGGGGGCCCUACGCCGGCGUCUCCGACGGCCGCGUCCUCCGGUGGGACGGGAGCGCUAACGGCUGGACGACGUUCGCGUACAACGCCAACUACAAGAAGAACCCCCUCUGCACGGCGCCUGUGCGGCGGCCGGAAGACACCGAGAGCAUCUGCGGGCGCCCGCUCGGCCUGCAGUUCUACGCCAAGACCGGCGAUCUGUACAUCGCUGACGCGUACCUAGGGCUGAUGAAGGUCGGGCCGGACUGCGGCGAGGCCGAGGUGGUCGCAGCGGAGGCCGGCGGCGUGCCCUUCAACUUCACCAACGGCGUCGACGUCGACCAGGCUACCGGCGAUGUCUACUUCACCGACUCGAGCACCAUCUACCCCCGUGCGCGCAACACGCAGAUCAUGAUCCACCGUGAUGCGGCGGGGCGGCUGCUCAAGUACGACGCACGAGUCGGGCGUGUCGCCGUGCUCAAGGCCAGCCUGCACUACCCCAACGGCGUCGCCGUCAGCGCCGACCGGACACACGUCGUGGUGGCGCACACGGGGCCGUGCCAGGCGUUCAGGUAUUGGAUUAGGGGCCCCAAGGCCGGUCGCUACGAGCUCCUCGCCAACCUCCCGGGCUAUGCGGACAAUGUCAGGCGAGACACCAAGGGAGGCUACUGGUUCGCGCUGAACAGGGAGAAGAUCAACGCGACGGCCCCCGAGCACCUCGUCGGCCAUUGCAGCAGCACUGACUUUCUUUUCACCCCUGAUUCAGAUGCAGCAGCACUGCAGAAAAGGUCUGCCAUUGCUUUGAUAAUUUAUAUACAAAACAAGUAA